UGUAAGGGCCUCUUUAUAGACUAUGUUCCUCGUGUAUGUACCAGGAGGACGCUUGGAGCUCUUCUUUUUGCUAUCAUCUGAGUUCCUUUUUUUAUUGUCAACAGCCGGAACGGCAAGGAUCUUUACGUUCCUUCUAGCAGUAGAUCUAGAUAUCGAUCCCUAUCACGCUGCCUCUUCCGCUCUUUGGCAUCUGUAGGUCGUGGCUUAAUGAUGGAUGAUGUGAACCCAUCAAUAUUGCAAUUAGGUACGCCAACAAUAUCUACAUAGCAAAAAAAAAACUCCACGUGUGUGGCUCCAUAAGGCAUGAAUUAUCAGUAUAGUUACACUAAUUUUAACCAAGAAUUAGUUGCCUUCAUACCAGUUAGGAGGUUGUCUUGCCCUUGAGGUGGCAUAUGGAUCGUUUGACCUUCGUAUGUGCCAUCUAUGUUUAUCCAUUCGCUAGCUUCAUUAUGAUCCACAUUUUCCCCAUUCCAUGCCUUGUCUCCUAGGCAGAAUCAAGGACCAGAUUUUUUAGUUACGUUAGAAACAUGGAACCAAUAAGUGGUAUGAUUUUGAAACUAAUGAGGUUAAUGAUCGUGAAGUGCACCUUCAAAAAUUCGCUUGUUUUGCAGCUGGGAGAUCGUAAGUUGAGUUGUCCCUAACUGCGCCUCUUCGGGUGCUUUCUUUUUUUAUAGGCUUCAUGACGCUUCUUAAGUAGUUCAUCUUUCUUCUGAUGAUCCAUUUGCGCAUAUCGCUCCCUAGCACGUUGAUUAUUCCGUUCUCUCGCAUCCGUAGGUUGCCCUUUCAGGUUGACAACACCUAAAAAAUACAUAAUAUAAUAAUUAGGUGUUGUGCAACACACGGUACAUCUACAAUUUAUCUGACCAAUCAAUAUUACUUGUGCUGAUGGAGUUGGACAGUUCUUUGAAAGGAAUACCUUGACCGGAUGGUGUCGGGGAAUCCAUCUGCAAGGCAAGUUAGAGAAAAUAAUUAGAGGAAAAAAACACAGUAAUGUAUGCAAUUAGACGACGACAAGAUGCCAACAAAAUAUUGGAAUUAUUUGGUUUAAAUUAUUUUGAGAGUCCAAAGAGUAGUUUGAACAAUGAUCAAUCAUAUGGCGUGAGAAAUGAUAACGAUUAUUGUUGAAAUACAACUCCUCCAAAGAAUUGCUUGAACAAUGACCAUAUGAUUUAUAAUACUCCCUCCGUUCGGAAUUAUUUGUCUUGAAAAUGGAUGUAUCUAGGACUAAAAUACGUCUAGAUAUAUCCAUUUCUGCGACAAGUAAUUUCGAAAAAAAAUUCAGAUACUUGUACAACAUUUUUCCAAAUACUUGUACAAUAUUUUUUCAAAUACUUGUUCAACAUUUCCAGAUGCUUGUUCAAUAUUUUUAUAUACAUGAUCAACAUUUUUAAAAUACUUGGUCAACAUUUUUUUAAAUACUUGUUCAACAUUUUUCAAAUACUGUCAACACCUUUCAAAUACUUGUUCGACAUUUCUCUAAUUUUUUUAAGAGUAUAUAUAUAUAUAUAUAUAUAUAUAGAUAUAGAACUUUUUAAAAGUAUAAACAAAAGUAAAAAAAGAAAGAAAAAACGAAAACAAAAAACGUGAAAAAAACACAGAAAACAGGCUGGAGUUUCCUGCGCGCGUGGGCCGGCCCAACUGGCGUUUCGCUAGAAAAAGUCGCGCCCCUUUUUGUGGCAUCUUUUCUAAUCGGGUGCGGCUGUAGGCCUUGUUUAUGUGUCAACAGCCCAAGGACACAAGUAGAUCCACAGACGAAACCCCCUCAAAAAACAGGUCAAAAAAAAAAGAAACCCCCUCAAAAAAGAAAAGAAAAAAAUACGAGACGCCGAGGAAACCCUCGCGCAUCACAGCCGCCUCCGCCACCGACCAUGGCGGGCGCUCUCGCAAUCGCCGCCGCCGCCGGUUCUUACGACCGCGAUUGGGCGGGGCUGCCGGAGGAAAUACUCCUUCAGGUGCUGUCUGCGCCUCGUGGCAUGCUGCUUACCUAGCCGUCCGCCGCCAUCGCUUCCCCCUUCCGAUCUCCCGGAAGCAGCUCCCCUGCCUGCUCUACGCAUGCCGCGAUUCCGCCGCAGACGGCGCCGUCGUCUGCUGCCCCUUCACCGGCGAUUCCGUCCGAGCCCCCCUGCCGCAGCCCCCGCUCACCCGCCACUCCACGGUCGGCUCCGCGCACGGCUGGCUCGUCACCGCCGACGAGGCCUCCAACCUCCACCUCCUCAAUCCUAUCACUGGCGCCCACGCCGCGCUCCCACCCAUCGCCACUCUCCACCACGUCGAGAGCUGUACCGACGCCGAAGGCCGCCUCAUGUACAACGUCUUCGACAGGGGCGAUCCCGAGCCGACCCCCUUGGACGCGCGCGAGGUCAGGGACUGCAUGUACCACCGUGUCACGCUCUCCUGCAGCCCGUCAGCCGGGAGCGCUUGCAUCGUGCUGCUGGUGCACAUGCCGGUCGGCGAGCUCUCUUAUGCCCGGCUCGGCGACGAGCGGUGGACCUGGGGCUUCAUGGACUCUUUCUACAACGAAGAUGAUGGUUUGUUCUAUGUGCUUCGCAGCCACAGGUCCGUCUUCACCCUGAAUUUCAAUGGGCCAUCCCUUGUUGUCAAAAAGAUCAUGCGAAGAGUUAGGAAGGGAGAUGAUCCUUCUAGCAUGUACAUCCUGCAAGCUCCAUGGGGUGAUAUUUUGCAAAUAUGGAGGUGGAGGAGCUACGUCGAUUCAUCAACACCUGUGGAGCUUCCUAGAGAUCUGCUGGGUCACAACGAAGAUGACAUAGACCGGUAUAUUGAGCUGAGAACAACUGAAAUAGAGGUCUAUAAGGUUGACCUUGAGAACCAGGCACUUGUGAAGUUGACAAGCUUAGCGGAUCAUGCACUAUUCCUUGGUUAUAAUAGCACCAUGUGUUUUGCCACUAAAGAUUUCCCAACAUUGAAGCCGAACUGUGUCUAUAUCACGGAUGACUCUUUUGAGUAUGUCAACAUGUGUAAGCAUAACUGGCGAGAAAUCGGAGUUUGGAAUAUAGAAAACAAGAGUCUGCAGACUUUUGAUGGUGAUUUGCUUACUAAUUCCUGGAUGAACUGGCCUUCUCCGGUUUGGAUAACACCCUCCCUUUUCUAGUAAGUGACUUUUUAUUUAAUGAUGCCAUUGUAGACAUUGCAGACUUGUUCUUGGCUUUCAUUAUUGACAAAUUUUUCGUUGUAUUACAGCUUAACUUGAGUUUUGUCCCACAACUAUAUCAAUUCUCUAUAUUAAGUUAUGAACUUUUCCCUAUGUAUCACUGGAUAAUUUUUGGCUUGAAUAUUGUCAUUUUUUUGUUGUAUUAUAGAUUAGUAAUUUGAUUUUUCCCCUCACAAUUAAAUCAAUAUUCUCUAUAUAUUAGUUCCUAUGUAUUAGUGGAUAACAAUUUUGGGUUCUGUUAACACCAUUCCAUUAAUCUCUUGUUAGAGCCAUGUAGUUUAUGUAAAGACCAGUCUAAUUCGCUUUUGGGACCAGAGUGAAUGACUAAAUUUGUAUUCGUGUUUGGCACCAAAGUGAAGGAUAGUAAUGACAACUUUUCAUGUGAUUUAACAGAACUCCACUAACAUAAGGUUUUUACACACUAGUAUUAAGAGCUCAAAACUUGUAUGCAGUGCUAUGUAGGAAAUAACCCGUUUUUCAACUGUAAUAUUCUUAUUUGAACUAGUCAUCAACCAGUGCAGAUGGAUGUGCUAAAAUUUUCAGUAAUACAUUAACUGUAAAGGAGGUUUACUUUAACACAAGGACAUGCUUUUAAAAAUUAUUACAUCUAAAAACUAUUACCGCCACUUCCUAUUAUGUCCAAGUUCCGGUCCUUCCCGAUUUCUUCGCACCAAGUAAUCGAUCUGUUAUACACUUUGGUCCUCAGCAGUAAAUGGAGUUUCUUCCUUGCCACAAAUGGUGUGGUUUGCAAUCCAAAAAAUGAACCAAAAAUCCACCUGAAUAGCUUAUUAUGGAUAAAUCUGAGAACGGUUUUUAGAAAACUGGGUGAGAUGGUUUGGUUUUUAUGCUGGGCUUAAUUGGUUCGGUUUAUAUUGGGUCAAGACUUUUUUUCAGUUCAGUUUAGUUUGGCUAUGUGAGAAACGAGUUCGGGUAUAAUUGGUUAUGGGCCUAAACAGUUUGGGUAUUAGGGGCUACAAACUACAGGUCCCACCCGGUUUCUACGAUGGUUCCUCGCCUCAACACCCAGUCACCCAGCAAACAACGGAGCAAGGGACUGAGAGAAAAUAAAGAAGAGAGAAAUCCAUCUUCCUCCUGACUCCCCAAUCGGCCGCACCAUUCUUCCUCCCCGCCGGCCAAUCCAACCUGAAGUCUUGCUGUGCCGCUCGCUGCUUCCCCGGCGCGGAGACGCCGUCGCAGGAGCCGCGUCUGUUGUAGCUGACUGCGCCGAGGAAGCCGUGGGCGCCGGCCGCGCCGGCCGUGCCAGAAGCGGCUGUUCCUAACCCCAUCUCGCAAGAUCCAUGAGCUCUCCGCCCCGCGAUGAGCUGGUGGUGGGCAGGCGCGGUGGGCGCCGUCAAGAAGCGCCAGGACGAGAGCGCGGCGGCGACGAAGCCGUCCUUCAAGAGCGUGGCGCUCAUCCUCUGCUCCACGGGCAUCAUCGGCACCUCACUCCUCGACAUCUUGCCGCGCGACGACACCCUCGGUGGGCAAUGGAAGGUAUGCGCGGUCUCCCGCCGCGCGCCAUGCACCUGGUCGACCCCACUGUCGUCCCCUGCUGUCACACACCUGCAGCUCGACCUCGCCAGAGCGUGGCCGAGGCACUCGGGUCGCUCGCCGAUGUCACCCACGUCGCGUGGUCGAGCCACUCGAUUGACGACCAGAAUCGGGAGGUCAACGCUGGCAUGCUCCGCAACGUGCUCGUCCUGGCACUUCGUUCAGCUAUGGUACUCAACUAGCAGAGAAAGGUGCACAAAAUUCUAAUUACAAAUGGAUUUUUUCAGCUCAAUUAAACAACAAUCUAGAGCUGAAGUAUGUAUGCAUUGGACCCUAAAGACUUGAAGCCAUUGAAUAGCUGCUGCGAUGCUCAGAUUUCUGUUUUUGGUUCUAAGCUUCAGAAGAAGAUGCGAGACUCUAAUAUUUUUGUUGUGGGAUCUGGUGCUCUUGGAUGUGAAUUCUUGAAGAACUUUGCUUUAAUGGGGCUUUUUUGUGGCCGUAAAGGGGAGCUAACUAUAAUAGAUGAUUAUGUCAUUGAAAAAAGCAACUUGAGCCGGCAAUUCCUGUUUCGUGAUUGGAACAUUGGACAGGCAAAAUCUACAGUAUCCGCUACAGCUGCUAGUGCUAUCAACUCCAGCCUCCAUAUUGAUGCUCUGCAGAAUCGUGCCUGUCCAGAGACUGAACUUGUUCUCAAUGAUGCAUUCUUGGAGGGCCUUGAUGCUGUGAUCAAUGCACUUGAUAAUGUCAAUGCUAGGAUCUACGUGGACAUGGGAUGCCUGUACUUCCAGAAACCAUUCUUGGAAUCUGGAACGCUGGGUCCCAAAUGUAAUACACAGAUGGUGAUUCCUCACCUUACUGAAAACUAUGGAGCUUCACGAGAUCCUCCUGAGAAACAGGCACCAAUGUGCACAGUUCAUUAUUUUCCGCACAAUAUUGACCAUUGUCUAACAUGGGCUCGCUCAAAGUUUGAGGGUCUGCUAGAGAAAACUCCAAAUGAAGUGAACUCAUUUAUAUCUAAUCCUGCUGAAUAUGCUGCUGCUAUGAGAAAGGCAGGUGAUGCUCAAGCCAGGUAAUUGUUGGAGCGUGUACGUGAAUGCCUUGACAAGGAGUGAUGCGAUAAAUUUGAAGACUGCAUAGCCUGGGCAAGACUGAAGUACUACAUUCCCCUUUGAAUUCAACAAUUUGUUAUUGGCUUUCUUCCUCUUUCUUUUCCUCUUAGCUAUUUGAAGUUAAAAUGGUUUCACUUUGAUUAUAUAUUGCCAACAAAUAGGACAGUAUCUUUUGUGCUCCAGAUGCCAUGCCAUGUAAUAACAUCUGUUUUCUUUUGCCACGUUUGAAGAUUACUUCUCUAAUCGUGUGAAGCAGCUAA